CAUGUAUUUUUUUUAAAGCCGUGAUAAUAGACGUAGAUACUCGAUUGUUUUGCAUUAAUUUUCUAUUGCAUUAAUCUUUUUUAUUAUUUUAACAAAAAUCGAUUAAUUAAUCAACACUGAUGAUGAAAUUAAAAUGGUGCAAAGUACAGUUCUCUGUGUUUUGCAUGGAAGCAUCAAUGAAACAUACGUUUCUCUCAACUCGAAUCAUAUUAUGGAUGGGUUGUGAUCACUAAAAACUUUUCGAUCGGAAGACAAGAAGGGCUAAAACCCGAGAAAAGAUUGCAGUCGUCGUCGUUGGAACUCAUUUGGUUGUUAAUCAUUCGUUAUUUUCAUUCUCUACAGCGUCGUCGUCUUUCCUCUUUCGGUCGUACAAUAACUAUUAAAACCGUACCACAAUGAAUCUGUUGUUCUGUGUUUCAAUGAUAGUCCUCGUCUGCAAGUGUAUGGCUGACACCUUUUACGAAUCCGACUCCGGAGUCGUCGAACUCACCGACGACAAUUUCAACCGAACUGUACUCGAAACCGACAACGUGUGGUUAGUCAAGUUCUACGCCCCGUGGUGUAGGUAUAGUAAGGAGCUUAGGACCGAGUACAGUAAAGCCGCCAAGGCAAUGAAGGGCUUCGCCAAUGUAGGAGCCCUCAACACUGACAAGCAUAGAAUUAUUUCUAAGUAUUAUCACAUUAAAGAAGUCCCGACGGUUGUAAUAUUCAUCGAUAAAAACAAUCCUACUGAAUUCUUUGGACAGAGUUCUUCUCCUGCCAUCAAUAUUACCAAUGCAGUAAUUGAAGCCAUUAAAUUAAAUGUUAGUACUAAACUCAACAUUACAUCACAAGAAUCAUCAAUACUAGAAAAAUCGUCAACAUUACACUAAGAAUCAAUACCAAAAAGGCACUUAAACACUUUAUAAUUCCUGGUCGAUUAAAAUUAGUUAUUACCGUUAUUAUGAUUAAAGUAUGUAAACAUACAAAAA